UCACCGAGCGAUAAUUUGGCGAUUAGCGUUUAGGGUUGCUAUUGUGAAAGGUGAUUAAAGCCACCUGAGCGUAGCCGUACUAUCUUUCAUUCAUGUUAGUCUUCCAUGGGACCUUAGGAGAGCAACUAGGAGCAACUACCGUUGCAGCGUGAAGCUCAGGUCAAUCAAUCGCAGAUCAAAAUGUGCUGCCGGUGCUCAAACAAAGCCAAACGCUGGUGGUCCCUCGGCGUAUCGGCGUUGAUUUGCUUGGUCGCAAUUGCACUGGGCAUCGCGUGGCCACUGAUAGUGAGCAGCGAGAUAAAGAAACAAUUUGUGCUGCAACCUGGGACGGAGAUUUACGACAGUUGGCUCGAACCACCUGUGGAUACUCACCUGGAGCUGUACCUGUGGAACUGGACCAACGCCGAGGAGGAUUACACGGUGGCGGGGUACAAACCUAGGUUGGAGCAGCUUGGUCCGUACACUUUUAGGGAGAUUCACGAACGGAGCAACGUGAGUUGGAAUGAUGACGAGUUUUCGGUUACCUACUAUCAGAAGAGGAUAUGGCACUAUGAGCGAGAGUUGUCGAAGGGAGAUUUGGAGAAUGACAUUGUUGUGACCAUCAAUCCGAUUUUGCUGACAAUCGGUUUCACCCUGAAAGACAACCCCUUCCUGCUGGGCUUCAUCGAUUUGAUCAUCAACUCGAACAUGGAAGAAAUGGAAAUCUCUCCGCUGUACAAAGUGACCGCGAGUGAAAUCCUGUUCGAAGGAUACGACGAUAAGCUGCUCACGAACCUGCUGGACGUGGUCGCCAACAAUCCGGGCAUCGCGGAUCAGAUUGAUUUGCCACCGUUCGACAGGUUCGGUUGGUUCUACGGUCGCAACGAGAGUGAGCUGUACGAUGGUAAUUUUACGAUCGGGACCGGCGUUGAUGCGUUGGAUAAUCUGGGCAUGAUGCGGCUGUGGAACGGGUUGGAUCGAACGCCGUACUAUCGGGACGAGUGUGGCCGUGUGGUGGGAUCAUCCGGGGAGUUGUGGCCACCGUACCAGGAGCCGGAGCGACCCAAUGUGACGGUCUUUUCUUCGGACAUUUGCAGCGCCAUGACGUUGGAGUUUGAUGGGGCGUUUAGUCUGCACGGAGUCGAUGGGUUCAAGUGGAAAGGGAAUGACAGGCCUUUCGAUAAUGGACACAAUUAUGCAGAAACGAGCUGUCAGUGUACGGCUGCUGAGGAGGAAUGCCCGGUGCUUGCUCCUGGGACGAUGGACGUAUCGAGCUGCAAGUUGGGAGCACCUGCGACGGUGUCCUAUCCUCACUAUUACUUGGCACACCCUUCAUAUCGGGAAGCCGUCGAAGGAAUGACUCCCAGCAAAUCGGAUCAUGAGUUCAUGAUGGCACUUGAGCCAACCACUGGAAUUCCCCUGGCGGUCAAAGCUCAGCUACAGGUCAAUCUGGACAUAAAGCAGUACGGUCUGACCAUAUUCAAAGGAAUCCCAAAUGUGAUGCUCCCGGUGCUCUGGUUCAGGCAAACUGCACAGCUCACGGAGGAGCUCGCGAGUGAUUUGAAGCUUCUUCUUGUACUACCUAACAUCGGUAUCUACGUUGCCAUAGCGCUGGGAGUUGUAGGGGUUGUUGGCUUUGCCGUGUCGCUGUAUUGUUCACUUAAGGUUUGGAAAGAUUAAGUCAAGUCGCGACGGAUUAGUCAUCCGUGAGGAAUCGACUAUCGGUCAAUGGAACUGAUAACGAUAAUAAAGUGUUUGUCAUUGUUGUGGGUCGAAA